UGGUAGUAUUUCAAGUUAUAACGUACAGAGAAGGUAGUUGAUAUACAUUGACACCUCUUCUUAUGUUCGGUCUAGUGGUGAUGGACUAUAUCGUGAUUUCGUGUUUCCAUUUCGAUCUGUAAGCAGUUGAUGAUGACUAGAAAAUGACAGAUAUCGUGAUAAUCGACGGUCAAAAUGGGGAGAAAGAAAGUGGUAUAGGGGGAGAGACUGUAGACAAUUUAGAUGAAGAUGAAGACAAAGGGAAAAUAUCGCCACCGGAAAAGACAAAAUGGGUGAUAAUUUUGAUUACUUUUGCAAUUGUGUUGGCAUAUAUGUUUGUUGGAGCAGUAAUUUUUACCACAUUCGAGCGUAAGACUGCAUUGGAGGCGUAUGAAGACUUUCACGAAGCACUCAGACGACUUUCGUCAGAAAAUGAUUGCGUUGAGGAGGAGGAUGUUGCUGAGAUGAUGAGGAUCGUGACCACGGCCAUAGGAGACGGGGGAUACUCGAGCGGUCAUCCUUAUUCUUCCCAACUCAGCACAGGAACGGUCGAUGACACUUAUUUUGACCGUCCAUGGAGCGUAAAACGCUCUUACUUCUUUGCAUUAACAGUGGUGACUACAGUUGGAUUUGGUUAUUGUUCUCCACGUACGGGACUGGCUCAGAUCUUCUGCAUGCCUUACGCUGUCGUAGGCAUCUUACUUACAUGGAGUUUAAUUAGCUCAGUGGGUCAAAUCCUUCAGAGGCUCUGCCUCAACAGAAUCAGUAUGGGUCUACAGAUCUGUCUGAAUCACUGUCCAAAAAUUGGAAUUGUUUCUGCUGAUAUGACUUUGUUAUAUCAUAUCGUCAUACUGAUGCUCAUCCCGCCCAGUUUAGCAUACUCCUUCACGCAGGAAAACUGGACAUUCACAAGCAGUUUUUACUAUAACGUUGAGACUGUGACCACCAUAGGGUUCGGAGAUAUUCGACCAGACUUCUCAGGAAUUUCUGUUUUUCAGCUGGUUUUGUUAAGAAUCUUGAUCUUCUCUUACCUCUACAUGUGCCUUGGCGCUGUGACCUCAUUUGUCAACAGUUUCAGAGAGUUCCAAAAAGAGCUCUUCAUUUUGAUCUCGACUCGUCUUUCCCGAUACAUUAAAAAUAUCACUAAACGGCGGCAACAGAAGCAGAGGGUUAAUAACUAAGUCGAGUUUGGAAGAAUUUGACGUUUUUGGGAAUCCUCAUUGUGAUUUCUGCUGAAACGAACACAGUGUGUGUGUUCACAGUAUGGAGUAUGUGAAAAAUUUAUUCACUCAAAUUCAACAGUGAGAAGAUAUUUUCAUUGUGGACACCUCGACGGUGUGACUGUUUACAGCGUGUUGACCUAUGGCCGACUAUGUGGAUUCACACUGUUGAAAUGCUCAGAUUUUACAGUAUGAAGGUGAUUUCACAAUGUGUUCCACAUUGUGUUCUUUCCAGUAGGAUUGGGAAAUGGGGUGAGAUUCUGCAAGUCUGUUUCAAGUAGUUUUCACAGACACAAGUAUAUUAUUAUGGUUUACUGACGCCAUAUCGGUCACAAAAUACGUGUCGGUCUGGACGUACUCGGGGAUACAAUUUAUUGGACAUGAUAGGAAAGCUACAAUAUAUGUCAGGGGCGCAUUCAUAAUUUCCCAGUUUGGGAACUUAUUUUGAUUUGAUAUUGGAAAAGUAGUAAAACGUUACGAUAAUUACACACUGCGAUUGUCUCUUGAUUGUCUUCCAACAUGGCCAACAUGGUGUAGUGAUGACGAUGUCUUUCCCAGACCAUAAAAAUGUAACCUUAUUCUAAAAGAAACUAGCUGUCUUAAUUUCCCCCUUAACCCCACCCAACUUAAUGUUGUUCGAAAUAUCAAACUAAUAGCAGUUACUCUUCAAAUUGAUCUCAAAUGAAACCUACACAUUGCAGAAAUUGUUUCCAAAGCAUCUCGUAGAUUGUUCGGAGGCAACUUUAGCUAAUAAUAUGGCGACUGUACUGUUCAGGUUCAUUCUCUGAUAUGCUUCCCCUGUCUCUCACACUUCUAUCACCAUCAAAUAAUCUGAUAAAUUAAAAUGUGUUCCAAAGCGGGUAGUCAAUAUAAUUGUAUAGGUCCUAUGAUUUUUUUUAACGU